CACGAAUGGAGUGGUUCGUAAAUAAUGCAACACCGCCCCGGUGAAAGCCUUGGUUUCUGGGGCUAGCUGCUAACUAGCGCGGAAGCUAGCAUGCAACGCUAAUUGCAGGCAGCUGGCUAAUUGGCCAAUGCUACAAAGUAUGAAAACCUCGAGUCUCCCAUGCAUUCUAGCUCCGUCUCUCUUUAUUUGCCUCUCCUGGUGUAGUUUACCAACAUGUUCGUAGACCUUUCGAUGUAAACCAACGUUGGCGUGCUAGCUAAGUUAAAGCUCCACCAGAGUUAGCUUCAGCAGUGCUGCACAGCUCGUAAAUACAACCUCAGGUACACCGUUCAUCACGUAACGUUAACCAUGUUACGUUACAGACAACUGCUGUACUGUAUGUGGGCUCGAGCCUCUUGGAAUACUUCAGGUUAGGUGUUUUACUGUGCAGGGCCUCGAAAGAAACUGUCCCUUGUUUGUUUUCUUGUAUCUACAACCAUUCAGUAAUACUGCAACUUCCAUAUCUUCUACACACAUUGAUAUGCUUCAUGUUACACUGUGUAGGUGAUACUUGUUGGGUCUAUUCUUUAACCCACUCUCUUUGCCUGUUCUGCAGCUGUCGGGACAGUUUUCUCAGCGUCUGUUCAGGAAGCUGCCGCCUCGAGUUUGUGUCCCAUUAAAGAACAUUGUCAGCGAGGAGUUCCUGAGAGCAGGGUCAGUGUGUGUGUGUGUGUGUGUUUGAUGCACUGUCUGAAUGUCUGAAUAUGAUCCUGCUAUCCCAAGUGUAACAUCUGUAAACCUCAUUGUGAGGAGCUCAUUAGGAUCAUUUAACAGAAUGAGUAUAGCUGAAUAUUAUCACAUUGAUUAAGAAACUGUGACGUCAUGGUCGAUACCUGGGCUGCAUAAUGAGACAUGUCUUUCUUGGCUUCACCAAAUGCGGCCGCUACAUUCUGUCCUACACCAGCGACUGUGGAGAAGAUGAUGAUUUCUCUUUUUAUACCUACCAUCUGUAUUGGUGGGAGUUCAACCUGCACAGUAGACUCAAACAGGUCCAUCACGUGCGUCUGUUUGCAGGCGAGGAAAUCUACAGCGACCUGUACCUGACUGUGUGUGAGUGGCCAAAUGACCACUCCAAAAUUGUCAUCUUUGGCUUCAACACACGCAGUUCAAGCUCCGUUCUGAUGAACUUAAUGAUGAGUGAUGAAAACAACAGAGACAUCUACAUCACUGUCGCCUCCAUGCCUCCUCCUAAACCUUGCACUUACUGCUGCCCUGUUCCUUCAGCCACCACCAUACGCACAGGAAGUGGGGAGUGUCUGGAGCAUGGCUAUGUACUCAACAGCAGGUACCAGGUGGUGUACCCGUUCCCCACUUUCCAGCCAGCGUUCCAGCUGAAGAAGGACCAGGUCAUCCUGUUGAACACCAGCUACUCUCUGGUGGCCUGCGGCAUCUCACUCUGCCCAGGUAAGCAGGGUCAGUCAUCGCAGAUCCUUUACACAAAGAGAGCAGCUCUGUCGAGUCAAGCCUCCACACCUUCCUCCCCAUCCGUGGCUUCUUCUUCCCCAUUACCUCAGGGACCCCCCGAAAGCCAACUGCCACCUAGCAAACCUGCUUCAAUUCCCUCAUCUCCAAGCCAAUCACAAGCAGCAGUGCGAGCCCGGGAGUUUGCAGCUGAUCUCUUCAGGCGGGCACAGGGAGGAGGAGGAGGAGGAGGAGGGGGGGGGGAAGAAAAGGAAGGCCAGGCAGAAAGGAGACCAGUUGAUGGUGGUGAAAAAGAGGCAGAGCAGACACCAGGAGACAAAGGGAUAAAUGUAGAGAGGAGGGGAGAGGAGGAGGAGGAUUGUCGAGAGAGGAGGGAUGAGGAGAGACGGACUAGUUUACCACAAGCGGCAACGUCAGGUGGAAGCCACAGUUUGCCACAGUGCUCUGAACAAGUGAUGUCUCCUGCCUCCUGCUCCUCAUGCCCUUCAUCCCCUCCGACCCCAUCCUCAUCCCAGGAGGUCGGCCCCAGCGAGCCCGGAUAUGUCAACUAUUCACGUCUGCACUAUCGCCUUCAACAGCCGGGGGCAACAGAGCAGAAUGCCGGCGGUGAAGGAGGUUAUGAGGACGAUAAAGUUCAGCUGCCUUUCACAGUCACUGACCUUAAAGGCCGGAACCUGCAGCUGGUCACUGGGCCACACAAUGGACAGAGUGUGUGCGUGGAGCAGCUGACUCUAGACUUUGAGUAUCUUAUCAAUGAGGUGAUCAGGAGCGACGCUGCCUGGGCCCCUCAGUUCUGCUCCUUCAGCGACUAUGAUGUUGUGAUAUUAGAGGUGUGUCCUGAAACCAACACUGUGAUGAUCAACAUUGGUCUGCUGUUACUGGCCUUCUCCAACUUGGAUGAGGAGCACUGCAGGCCCAACACGUAUCACUCCAACCUGCAGGUCAGCUGGGACCUUAACACAGGUGUGUGUUGCACCGUGGGUGUAGGGGACCUUACAGAGGUCAAAGGUCAGACCAGUGGGAGUGUGUGGAGCUCUUACAGGAAGUCCUGUGUGAACACAGUGAUGAAGUGGUUGGUUCCCGAGAGCAGCUCCCGUUACAUCAAUCGCAUGACCAACGAAGCCCUCCACAAAGGCUCGUCCCUGCAAGUGUUGGCCGAUAGUGACCGAUGCACCUGGAUUGUAUUGUGAAGAAAGAAGAAGUGUCAAAGCAACAGACACCGAAGCAAACACACGGAUACACGUGGACACGGCCUCGUCGUCGGCACAGAGCUCCACCUUAAUCUGAGCACACGGUCAGCAACUGAGCUUUGGCAACAUGAAGCUCCAACACGUGUCAAAAUGAAACCAAACAAGGAACGCUAGAGAUGCUCUAAAGAUGAAGUCUUUGGGUGGUCUGUGUUUAAUUUUACUUUUAGUUUUUGUAUGUGUGUUCUGCAUUAUUGCAACCACCAAAACGAAGCGCUGGACUGAACGAAUAUCUUUUUUUUUUUUUUAACUUUAGUUUUUUUUAUAAAGCCGUACUGUUAUUGUAGUGCGAGUGUUUCUUUUGUGUGUAUCUGUAACUGAACAUAUGCAAUAUCUGCACCUGUGUGAUGAUCACCAAGAGGAUUUCAUCCAGAGUGUGUGUGUGUGUGUGUGUGUGUGUGUGUGUGUGUGUGUGUGUGUGUGUGUGUGUGUGUGUGUGUGUGUGUGUGUAACAUUUGACAGAUUCUGCUGCUUCUGAACAAGUUGUUUUCUUGCCUGUUCUGGACCCGUUCAGUCUAGCUGUGUUGGUUCAAGACUACAGUAUUUAAAAUGAGAGAAACUGAAUCCAGUACCGGUCACUUGACUCUUUCCGAUCUUUUUUUAAACCUACGUCAUGGAGGUGGAGGGAUGUUGGGGUGGGGGGGGGGGUUACAUGCUGUAUGUUUUCUGGCAUGGAAGUACGACGAGGUUCUAUUGGGAUAUUUUGUGAAAAUAAAACAUUCAAAGUUUCUUUGUGAGUCUGUUGAUGACGAUGUGAACGUUGCAUCAUGGGGCUUGAAUCCCUCUGUACUGGCUUGCAGGUCUAGUUUUUACUUAAUUUCUCAGGAAUUACUGGAUUGUUUGAUCUCAAGUCACUCAAAUAUAAGGAAAACUAAUCUGUUCUUUUCUUGAACUAGUUACAACUGAUCGUGAUAAUAGUGCAAAUGUUCUGGAGGAGUUUUCUAAAGUUUGUAAAGAAUAACCCUAAUGACCUCAUCAAGGAACUCCCACCUGUACUUAAGGUUGGAGUGAUUCGAAUUUGGCGAUCAUGGGUCAUUGUGACCUCACACAACAUGGUUUUUGACCCUAACUCAAGAAUUCACACCUUAAUUAUGACAAUUUCACACAUGUCUAAUAGGAUCAAAUGUUGAAGCGAAGACAUUUUGGACAGAUGGAUGUUAACUGCGACA